GGCCCAGGUGACAUCAGAAGUGGUGGAGGAUGGCAGGGAAGCUGCUGGAAAAAGAGGUCAAGUUUGCUCAUCUUAAAAAGAGAGAAGGAGGGAGAUGGUGGUGAAUUUAGACUGGUCAGCAUAGCUUAAUUUCCUGCAAUGUACUGGAAAAAAUAGCUAAGCCGUUCAUCACCUAAAAAAUAACCGACGUGGCUUUGCAGUAUGUUGGGUUCCUUCCCUUGCAGGGAGGAGAAAAAUGGAGAUUUUAAAUCUGGAUGGACCAGGAUUUUGAAACUCUCGUACAGCAAACAAGGGGACUGUGGACUCGCCGAUAAUUGAAUGCUGAGCAUCGAAACCCGGCGUCCAGCUGCGCGGCUUUGCCGAGGGUUGGGCUGUGCAUAAGCCUGUCGUAAGCCUGGUGCUAAUUAAUAUUUCCCCAAAGCUUCGGCUGAAAGAGGUGGGAUUGUUGGAUUUGUGGGUCGCAGGCACAGGGGAGGAUGCUGAAGGUUGGGAUCAGCGCUUGCAUCGGUGGGCAACGGCACGUGGGCAGGUACGAGACGAACAUUUAUCUGUUACUGGAGAAUAGAGAUCCCAUCGCCGAACACGUAGGCAGGAGUAUUUCUGGCAUGGGAAAAGCUUUUCCCCCAGGUGGAAAAUUGCCUAUUGCUGGAGUGUCUGACAAGAGCAUCUCGACCGAAACCCUUUCGGGAUGGGUCCAAUCCUGAUGCCGGACCUCGGAGCAGGGAAUGACCGCGGUGACCCUCUGCGCACGCCCUGACUUAUCUCGCUGAGGAGAUCUGAAGCACUUCUCUCUUUUUUUUUUUUUUUUUUUUUUUUGGUGCUGCAUGAUUCAUUUCCUCUGUCGAGUCACUUCUCACAGUUGCACGGAGUUGCAGGCGUCCUGCGUGGCCAGAGCUGCAGCUGCAGAGGUGGCCAAGAAGAAAGCAAAGCUUAGAUUACUCAUUUGCAAUUAAACCAGCGACUCCUUAGCUUGGGCACAUACAGAGGAAGGAGAGAGCCAUGGCCGAGUGCAACCCACUGGAGAGUCUGCAGAAAGAAGCAUCUUGCUCCAUCUGCCUGGAUUAUUUCAGUGACCCCGUGUCCAUCAACUGCGGACACAGCUUCUGCCGGGACUGCAUCACGCGAUGCUCAGGAAAAUCCGACCAGAGGUUCGCCUGCCCCCAGUGCCGAGGAAUUGCCCAGAAAAGAAAAUUUAGACCAAACCGUGAGCUGAGGAACCUGGCGGAGAUCGCCAAGAAGCUGAGCAUGCAGGCAGGGUAUGUGACCGGAGCAGGCAACGUGUGCCCAAAACAUCAGGAACCGCUCAAGCUCUUCUGCCAGGAGGACCGGACGGCCAUCUGCGUGGUGUGCGACCGCUCCCACGCUCACCGCGCUCACACCGUCGCCCCCAUCGAAGAAGCCGCCCAGGAGUGCAAAGAGCAAAUCCAAAGCAAGCUGAAGAGCCUCAAGGAUGAAAGAGAAAGGCUCCAAGGACUAAAACUGACUGAGGAGAAGAGAAGCCGAAAGUAUCUGCAGCAGACAAGAGCCGAGAGGUGGAAAAUCACGUCAGUGUUUAAGCAGCUGCACCAGUUCCAGAACGAGCAAGAGCGUCUCCUCCUGAUGUGGCUGGAGGACACGGAGAAGCAGAUAGUGCAGACCCAGACAGAGAACGACAGGAAGAUCUCCACGGAGAUCUCCCACCUGGGCAACCUCAUUCAGGAGCUGGAAAGGAUGAGCCCACUGCCAGAGAAUAAAUCCCUGCAGGAUGCCAGGAGUGCCUUGACCAGGUAUGUGACUCUCCCUUUCCAGAGGGGACGGUCUUCCCCAGCACAAUGUCAAGAAGCAGACAUGAGCAGGGGAGCAGGAAGGGUUUAUCCUCUCUACCAGAGUCCCCAGCACUCAGGGUGUGAAGCAAGGACCUUCCAGCAACUGACAGAGAAGUUCCCUAGAGUGGAAAAGAGACUCAAGGAUUUAUCUCAGAAAAACAUCAUUCUGAAGGAAGCCCUGAGAAAAUUCAAAGAGAGUCUCCCAGUUGAACUGGAUGUGCAGUGGGCAAACGUGACUCUGGAUCCAGACACAGCAAACCCCCACCUCAUCCUCUCCGAGGACCGGAGGAGCGUAAGGUGGGAUGAAACACCCCAGAAUUUGCCCAACAGUCCCCAGAGAUUUGACACCUACUGCUCCGUGUUGGGUUGUGAAGGCUUCACAGUGGGGAGGCACUACUGGGAAGUGCAGCUGGGGAGCAGGGGAUUUUGGGCUGUGGGAGUGGCCAGAGACUCGGCAUGGAGAAAGGGUUGGAUUAACCUCGACCCUUCCCAGGGGAUUUGGGCUGUUGGCAUCUGUGGGGACAGGUUUCAAGCUUUCACCUCCUUCGAAACUGUUCAGCCUCUGAAUGGGAGGCCAAGGACUGUCCGUGUCUCUCUGGAUUACGAGAAGGGACACGUGGCUUUCUUCGAUGCUGAUAACGAGACCUUGGCUUUUGCUUUUCCUCCAACUUCUUUCAAUGGAGAGAAAAUCCUGCCUUUCUUCUGGGUUUGGGAGUCCAAGAUCCAGCUGGUUCCCUGAAACAGUAUGGGCAGCAAGAUGGACAUUACAUGCUCUGGACAAGCCUUUGGUUUGAUCCAGGAAACCACACUAUAUUUCAGGACUCUAUGGAUGGUAAAGAAUAAAGUGGAGCAAAUGAG